CCUGACUAUUUUCCUCGAAAGUACAUGUCACGAAUUCAAAGCUAUAAGAUAUUACAGAAAACACGUUCAUUAUCUCACAACUUGGAAAAUAUUUGUAACGUUGUACUUCUUGAUGACGUAAUUCAUGUUUUUUUUUUAGCUGACACCCAUUCGCUCAUUGAAGGAGUGAAUGCCCUGUCCCGGAAUGCACCGCGUAUCUUGACGCAUGGGCAAGUGGGUAAUGUGUUUUAGUAGAAUGUAAUGCAGUUUCCGGGACUACAGAGGCAGUGUUUGAAGUUAACGCGGGCAAUUAUUUUUUUGUGUGUCAACAACGUCUUCGGCCUUGUAAACAUAGAUAUAUAUUUUUCACGAAAUAAGGAUACGGGUAUAUGUUAACUUGAUGGCAAGUUUAGUUUCAGCGUGCAAAUAAAACUCAUUUUUCACGAACUGGGAGAAAUGGCGGUCGGGCUGUACUAUGCUAGCUAGACCGAUUUAUUAUCACGCUAACGGGCUAAAUACAUUUGUCUACACGGACAGAAAUGGACUCCAAAUACCCAAAUCUGACGAGACCUCAGAAGAAGCGCCGGUACUUCUCCAUUAAAACGAGCGCAUCAACCAUGAAGGGAAAUGCCGAACUGGACAUUGAUGACUCCAAUACUUGGUUCAAAAACUUGGAUUCUCCCUCUGAUGUUGGGGAAGAGCUUCCCCCUCUGCCUCCCUCUCCGACCUUCACCCCUGUAGAGAAGGAGGAGAAGACUGGUAACCCUGUAGAGAAGGAGGAGAAGACUGGUAACCCUGUAGAGAAGGAGGAGAAGACUGGUAACCCUGUAGAGAAGGAGGAGAAGACUGGUAACCCUGUAGAGAAGGAGAGGAGAGAACCAUCAUCAGUUCCAGAGACCGGUGAAGCGGUGCCCCAUGGAGAAGAGAUGCACAAGGAGGGGAGAGCAGAGAGCACUUUGCUGGAUACUGAGAGCCCAUUUAAAAAGCACGCUCCCAUCAAGACCUCCAGCCCCAUGAAGCGGCAGGAGGGGGAUGAGGACAAGGACAGAACAGCCUUUCCAUUGCUCUUGAUCUGUGAUGAUGAUGAAGAUAACCACGGCCCUGUAAAGCAGCCUAUCACUGCCCUGACACCACAGUGCAACGGACAGGGAGCAGACGGGGGAUAUGAUGCAGUGCUGGACUCUCCUCCCUGUCGGUUUUCUGUCGGCAAACAAAAGACGCCAUCUCGCAGUAUGCCGAAGAAGGAAGAGACACCUUGGAAGUUGACUCUGUCCCUGUGCAGCAUAGAGACAGAGCCAGAAGAGCCUCCCCAAACAAGCCUGUGUCCAGCAGUAGAACCCAAAGAACAACCAGUACCAGGGAAGAAGAGUCAACCUUCAGAGAAGAAGAGUCUGGCCCAACCUUCAGAGAAGAAGAAUCUGGCCCAGCCUUCAGAGAAGAAGAGUCUGGCCCAGGCUUCAGAGAAGAAGAGUCUGGCCCAGCCUUCAGAGAAGAAGAGUCUGGCCCAGCCUUCAGAGAAGAAGAGUCUGGCCCAGCCUUCAGAGAAGAAGAGUCUGGCCCAGCCUUCAGAGAAGAAGAGUCUGGCCCAGCCCUCAGAGAAGAAGCGUCUGGCCCAGCCCUCAGAGAAGAAGCGUCUGGCCCAGCCUUCAGAGAAGAAGCGUCUGGCCCAGCCUUCAGAGAAGGAGCGUCUGGCCCAGCCUUCAGAGAAGAAGCGUCUGGCCCAACCACCAGAGAAGGAGGCAACACCGGAAAGGAAAGCCACAUCCUCCUUCCUCCAGAAGCUGAGAGAGGCUGGUCAGUCCAAGCCUGCCUGGAAAGCCCUGGCGUCUCCAGUGAGAGAAGCUCCUCUCACUGACCUGGAGGAUGACUUCCUGAUCUUGGAGGACGAUGGUCCUUCCUGGUUCUCCCUUCGCAGGAAGACUGACCCCAACAGGACCACAGCCACACCUCAACCGCAGCAGAAGGACCAAUCACACAGCAAUGAUGACACCUCAGCUGACACACUCACCAAGGCCAGCCAAUCAGAGAAGGAUACAGCCAAGCUGAGAUCAGGAGGGACAGCUGAAGUGAAAACUAAAGAGAAGAAUGCUACUGGAGGCUCCUCCCUCAUACCUGUCCUCACCAAGUCUACAGCCAGGAAGAAGAGGGACUCAAGUCCCCAGGGUGAUGGGCCUGUCGAGGCAGACCACAUAGAACAAGACCCGAAGAAGAAGGUCAACAACCCGUUAUCUGAACCAACGACAGCAGGUUACCUGGAACCAGGAGGAGGGGCUAAGCCUAAACCCAGCCAAUCAAAAGCCCGCACCAAAACAGAAAAGAAAGUUCCCAGAAUAUCUAAAUUCCAAGCUGGUAUCCAAGGUAACAAGGUGAACCCCAAGACGAGCCGAGGACGAGGCCUGCAGUCUGGGAAGACCAGGAGACUGUCAGCUGGAGCUGGGGAGGAGCCCGUCAGCAUGGAGGAGGAGAGUGAAGUUGCUUCAGACCAGGAUGUUUCACCAGUUCUACAGUUGGCACCGACAGGACAGAGACGAGUCAAGGUCCCAGCCAAUCGUAAAGCCAAGGAGGUCGGCCCCUCCCCUACAGGUGAGGCUGACUCCUCCCAGGCCGGCCGGCUAACCCAGUUAGCAGGGAAGAGGAAGAGGAUCAAGCCUGGUCCCUGGUGGCUCACCAGCCCUUUCAACACACAGGUCACAGAGACAGUCAACACACACACAGCAAACAAGUACAAACACAAUAACAAGAAAACAAAAACCAAACCAGCAAGAUAUUCCUCUGUGGAGUCAGGGCAAGAGGAGGGGACAUCAAGACCCUUGUUUAAUCAGAACGCAAAGAAGAAACCCUCGUCCAAUCAAACAGCAGAAAAUAAACCUUUGUCCAAUCAGACCACAGAAAAUAAACCCUGGUCCAAUCAGACUGCAGAGCAUAAAGCAGAGAAGCCCAAGAGGGGCAGAACUAAGAAGCAAAAGACGACCAGUAGAGAGGAGCCAGCGAGGCCUGAAGGUCAGAGAGAAGAGGAGGAGGCUGAGGCCUCUAUGGCAGAGCAGCAGGAGGAGCAACAGGAGCUGGGGGGGCUCAGUCCCAUGCCCAGCCCUCUCAGACAGCAUACACUCACCCCAAGUGAGAAGGUGUUUGACUGGAUCUAUACCCGCCCUCCCAAGUGUAAACCCCAGAGUGACAUUACCCCCCACUCUGCUACCGUUAUCCCCAGCAGGAGUGAUGCCUACCCCACUACCGUUACCCCCAGCAGGCAGUGGCGUCAGGCCAUGGAGGCUCCAGAGAAACGCAGCAGGAGGAGGAAAGCUCCAGGGAACUGGUGGGUCACCAACAACCCCCCAGAGAACGCUGACAGCACCUCUUCAUUCCCUCAACAACCCCAGCCUUACCCCAAAAAACCUUCACCCCCUCAACCACAUCCGAACCCAAAAACUCGCAAGGUGGAGAGAGGUAAGUUCCUUGGACCCCCUCAGAAUGGCAACACAGCUUCCUCAACUCGACCUGGAGGAGUUCAGACCCCGCUGAAGAGGAAGCACCUCUCCGCCCCCAAGACGGUCAAGCGCUCUCUGGCCACCAUUGGCGCGGUCUUCUCCUCGGGCACAGGAGCGCUCCCGGUGGCCACGGUCAGAAGCAGCACGUGGCAGGCUUUGGGGAGGAAAACGCUAUUCCCUAGAGCGCCUGAGGAGCAGUCAGCCCAGAGCCCCAGCAUCGGCCUCAGCUCUGGGCCAGCUAAUGACCCCACCCAGGACCCAACCAGUGAUAGGAACUUCAGCCCUGUGGAUCUGAGUGCCAGUACUGUCUGCAUAGAGCCUGUUGGACAGCUGGGGAAAAAGAAGACCAUACACCGAGACUUCUCCCAAAGCAACAACCGACUCUCAGACAACACGUUAAAAGGGUUCAGAAGCGGACCGUCUUCCAUGAUUGAACUGGAGGAUUAUGAAGAGAAUGACGACAUCUGUGUCCAGUCGUUCAGAGUGACGCCCCAUCCGGCUGUCCAUCAGUCUGUCCCUCCUGGCAUCGUGCUGUCGGACCCUGAGGCUGUGACUGAGCUUUGUGCUCCUCCUCUCAGAGCCAUCACACUGCAGCUGGAGGACAAGGCCAACCUCACAGACUGGAUGGCUUUGCUCUGGCCUGCCACUGGGAAACAGGGAGGCCAGAUCAGCCCAGAUCAUUUCCAGUGGUUCUCGUAUCGAGACAGAGCUCUUGGUUACAAGAUGGACCUGCUGGCUGAAACCUUCUCCAAUGGAAAGAUCUUGCUGGGCUCCUACAUGAAGAAACCUCUGCUGGUGGACCACAGCGCCACCACUGUGUAUAACCUCCUAACCAGCUCAGUAACUGUGAAGAUCAAUGGCAAAGAGAACCAUUAUAACCCAGGACAGACCUUCAUGGUCCCAUGUGGCCAUGCCUACAGCCUCCACAAUCUGACCCAGGAACCUGCUGCUCUACACUUCACCAGGAUGCUGGCAGAGAGCUCAGAGUGAGGCCUGGAGACCACAGCCAGGGGCUCAGUAACGUACAAUAGUGACAGGUCAGAGUAGUGAAGGAUCCUUACAGACGACAACCAGGUACCUCAAUUUAGGAGUGACUGAGACCAGCAGAGACAACAAGCUAGAGAGGCCCUCCUCACCCACCUCAAUGACAUUCCCAAGGACUUAACAGGAAAUGACCAGCCAGUGAUUUAAAUGGAAAAGCUAGAAAGAUUAAAAGUGUACAGAGGGCUCUGCUGUAAGUGCUUGUUAUUGUCUUAUUGUCACAGUAACAUUUGUAAAUAGCAAUACUUUUGUUUCUAUGGUUUCUUGUGCCCCCCCUACUGUGUACAUUUAAUGUGACCAAUGAAAUAACUUGUAAAGGCUUCUGGGUAUUUUUAUUGGAAUAUUAAUCUUCUGUCAACUGUUGCAAACAUGGUAUGUAAAAAUAAAAAGUAAUUCAGUC